AUGGGUCAAUUGCUAUCUCAUCCCUUAACGGAGAAGACCAUAGAAUACAAUGAAUAUAAAAACAAUCAGGCUGCCACUGGCACCGUCCCGCGAUUUUACAAUUGCGUAGGGUCUAUGCAAGGUUAUCGUUUGACUCAAGAGGAUGCACAUCUAAUUAGGAAUGAAAACUCCACUGUAUGCGUACGAUUUUUCAACCCGUUCAUAGACAAGUACGAAAGCUUGUCGUUGAACGUCUUUGCAGUUUUCGAUGGCCACGGUGGUGAUGAUUGUUCCAAAUUCCUAAGCGGGGGACGUCAUCAUCGCGACGGUAAUGGCAAUAACAACGGUAAUGGCGACAGUAGUGCUGGUUUGAUCAAAUGGAUCGCCUACAGUUUUGAAAAUCAUCAUUACACUUCUUCAACGAAUAAUGAUUCCUCAAAAUUCAAGAGAUCUUUCAAUACGCUGGAAGGGCUAGUGUCUCAAAUCCUUAAAGACGCUUUCAUACUACAAGAUGAAGAGUUAUAUCGACAUUUUGCCAAUAAUUCGUGCGGCUCUACUGCCGUAGUGGCAUGUAUCAUAAAUGAGGAAUCACUCUAUGUGGCGAACUGUGGUGAUUCACGAUGUAUUCUUUCUUCAAAGGCCAAUGGCAUAAAGACGAUGUCGUUCGAUCAUAAGCCGCAACACAUAGGCGAAUUAAUACGUAUAAACGAUAAUGGCGGUACCGUCUCCCUUGGAAGGGUGGGCGGGGUAUUGGCACUCAGCAGAGCAUUUAGUGAUUUUCAAUUCAAAAGAGGUGUCUCGUAUCCACAUAGAAGGACUAAACUUACAAACAUUACUCAGAAUUUAACUAAUGGAACAGCGCCACAAGAAGCACAAGUCACUGUUGAACCAGAUGUGCUGAUGCAUAAGAUUGACUAUUCUAGAGAUGAAUUUUUGGUAUUGGCCUGUGACGGUAUAUGGGAUAUUUAUAAUAACAAACAACUAAUUCACUUCAUAAAGUACCACCUGGUGUCAGGCACGAAGUUGGACGCUAUAAUAACGAAGUUGCUGGAUCAUGGGAUAGCACAGGCCAAUAGUAACACGGGUGUCGGUUUUGAUAAUAUGACUGCCAUCAUUGUGGUGCUAAACAGAAAAGGUGAAACGUUGCAGGACUGGUUCAAUAAAAUGAAGACACGCUUAGAGAGAGAAAGGGGUUUAGUGUAG